AUGGACCGCGGGACGCUGUUCCUAGUUGUCGCGUGCCAGGCGGUCGCGCUGGCAGCCCUGUUGCACAGGGGGGGCUGGGACUGGGCGACGCUUAAGGCCACGGGGCGCAGGCUGUCGCUGUAUCCCCGACUGUACGGUGCCAUGGGAGGCAAUGCCUGGCGCUGCUGCGGCCUUGCGGGCCACAGCGAGGUGCUCAUCGUUGGUCAGAGGGUGCUGGCGGGAGAUGGCGAGGAAGCGCCUGCCGCAGUUCAUGUCAGCAACGGGACAAUUGUUGGUGUUUAUCCUUUCAACGGCACCCGCAACAUGGAAGAUCUGCCGGCGAGCACGAGAUCUGCAGCUGUGUUCAAUUACGGUGGCGCCGUCGUGGCUCCCGGAAUAAUAGACGUCCAUGUGCAUCUUAACAUGCCAGGCCGCGAAGAUUGGGAAGGGAUGGUGUCAGGGACUAGGGCAGCUGCGGCUGGGGGUGUGACAACAGUUGUAGACAUGCCGUUGAACAGCCACCCAUGCACUACUGAAGGGCCGCUCCUCAAGCAGAAGUUGGGCCUUGCCAAGGCAAGAUCUGUGGUGAACACCGGCUUCUGGGGUGGGCUUGUCCCAGAGAACGCUGCUGACAGGGUGACACUGGAGGCGCUUUUGGAGUCAGGCGCCUUCGGACUGAAAGCGUUCAUGUCACCCUCGGGUAUCAACGAUUUUCCAAACGUCAGCAGGCACCACAUCGAAAGCGCCAUCCCUUUGCUGAAGGAGAGAGGAAUGCCUUUGUUUGUGCAUGCAGAAUCUGUUUCUCAUGUGCAUGUGCCUGAGGGAGAUCCACGGGCAUAUUCCCAGUACAUGGCAUCCCGGCCUCCAAAGUUUGAGAGCGACGCCAUUUCAACUUUAAUUGAUGUGCUCAACAGCAGCACCCAUGAGAGCAAGGCUGGGUUCAGGAUCCAUAUUGCACACUUGGCUGAUGCUAACAGCCUGGCCAUGAUACAGGAUGCAAAGUCGUAUGGCUUACCCCUGACUGUGGAAACCUGCCCUCACUAUUUGAGUUUCUGGGCCGAGGGCAUUCCAGAUGGGGCAACGCAAUACAAGUGCGCCCCGCCGCUGAGAGACAGUGCCAACGCCAUCCGUCUCUGGGAUGCAGUGGCAUCUGGGACCAUAGACAUGCUGUCGUCUGAUCAUUCGCCAGCGCCCCCUGGCAUGAAGCACCUGGACAACGGAGACUUUGGGAAGGCGUGGGGUGGCAUUUCAGGUCGUAGCCGAGCGGCCGUCUCCACAGGCACAAAAUUGCAGUUCUGCAGAAUUCAUACACAUGGUUGUGCAGCGUUGUGUUGCCAAAAGUUGUGUAUCAACUAUCUGCCAUCUGCCAAUAUGGGGCCCGUCGUGUGGUUGUUGCUGUGGGUUUGGCCUGUCGUCGCCACUUCUGAGUAG